AUGGAAUCUAAGUUUUCUCCAGACAUAGGAAAAUUAAUUAUAAAAAUCUACGCAAGUUUAUUAUUACUAUUUGGUUUACCUGGUAAUAUUAUUAGCGCUAUUAUAAUGGGUGGAGAUCGAUCGAAUCGUCUGACAACUCGUUUAAUUAUUAUCAUUUUGGCCAUAGCCGACAAUCUCGUCUUGUUAACUGCUGUACUGCGUUAUUGGUUAAUGGAAGUUUGUGGAUGGGAUUUACGCACAACCGGGCCGAUAACUUGCAAACUUCAUGUAUUUGCUGUAGGAUUUUCAACAGAUUUUGCAGUUGGUGUAUUAUGUGCUGUAGCAGUGGAGCGUUUACUCGUUGUUACAUUGCCAUACAAAGCAUCUAAUUUAGUAACAUUGAAUUCUGUGAUAAUUGGCAUGGUAUGUUUUGCUUUAAGUGUGGCUAUUAAGAAUUCACUACAUUUUUGGAUGAUGGGUGGACAAAAAUCACAACAAUCUCAAGUAGAUUCAUUAAAUUUGUACAAAAUCAAUCAAACUAUAAAGAACGAGAUCAUCAAUGCUGAUAAAAUAUUUACAGAAAAUUCAACUAGAAAAGAACCAUUUAAAUGUACAUUUGUAUCAGAAUAUGAAUUUAUUUUCAGAAUUUUCAUGAAAUUUGAUCUUAUAAGUUUUGCUGUUCUUCCUUAUUUAAUAUUAUUUACGAGUAAUGUAAUUAUUUAUAUAAAAUUGCGCAAUCAACGACGUUUAAUGCGAUGUCAUGCAAAUACUUCACCUAUGGUUCCCAAUACAACUAAUACAAAUAUUCACUCUAAAAAUUCAAAUUCUCAUAAACAACGACGUCAGUCAGAUCGUAAGUCACUUAACCAACCAGAAUUGACAAAUCAAUUACAAUCAAGAGAUACACGAGGCAAACGUUUAACACGUAGACCAGAAGAUGUUGUCAAACUGUUAACGGCACUGACUAUAAUUCAUGUUAUUUGUACAUUACCAGGCACAAUUUUUACUUUCCUGUCAUCUUAUUUCAAUUAUUUUCAUGAUAUGCCGAAGCAUGUACAUGAUCAAAUUAAAUUCGGUUUAGUUAUGUUAAUAUUUACAAAUAAUGCAAUUAAUUUCUUCGGUUAUUGUAUUUCUUGUACAACAUUUCGUCAAACAAUUAUUCGUGUUCUAAGUCACUUAUUUCAUUGGAAAAUAAAUUGUCAUAAGAUAAAGCAAAGUAAUGAAAUACAGGAUAAUAAUAAUAAUAAUAACAGCAAAUAUCAAGGAAUAGAGGAGAAAAUCAUAGAUAAUAUUAACUUCAUAAAGAAACAAGACCAGUAUACAUGA